AGUCGUAUGGUUUGGUUUUCUUCUCCUGUAGCCAGCCAGCAACAACCAGCCGCCUGAAUGUAGAUCCGCAUGGGCCACUACUACUCCUCCUCUUAUCUCUCCAAAUAACCCAGCGGAACCAUAAGAUAAGGAUCCCAGGAUGGUGUUAGUGCAUGUCGGAUAUCUGGUUCUUCCUGUAUUCGGCUCAGUAAGAAACAGAGGAUCCCAUUUCAACCGGCAACAGCAGCAGCAACAGCAACAGCAGCACAGCCAUGCUACCUCUUGCCGGCAUUUCCAGUUAGGUCCUCAGGCCCCGCUGCCCAUGGACUUCCCCAUGCCCCACCCAGGGCAGCCACAGUCAGGCAUUAACCCCCACCUGGCCCCUCCCGGCCACCAGCAUGGCCCUCCGCUCCACCCGCCCCUCAACCCCCUGCCCGCCCCCCAGUUCCAGGACAUCCCCGCCCCUCCCUUCCUACCUCAGGCAUUACACCAGCAAUACCUCCUCCAGCAGCAGAUCCUCGAGGCCCAGCACCGACACAUCCUGCCACCCUCCAGUAGACGCACCCCAGAGAGAGUUCCACAUCAGCCCCACAGACUGCGGCCCGGCUAUGAGUUUGCUCCCCCUCUUCAUGUCCCUCCUCAGCCUGUGGUGCAGCAGCCCCGCUACUUGGCUGAGGGCACAGACUGGGAUCUAAGCGUAGAUGCUGGACUGCCCCCUCACCAGUACCACAUCCACCCGCUGCCACAGCACUAUCAGCACUACUUGACCUCUCCAAGGAUGCACCACUUCCCAAGAAACAAUGCCUCAACACAAGUGGUUGUCCAUGAGAUCAGAAACUACCCAUAUCCCCAGCUGCACUUGCUGGCUCUGCAGAGUCUCAACCCCUCCCGCCACGCGUCCGCUGUUAGAGAGAGCUACGAGGAGCUUCUGCAGCUGGAGGACAGAUUGGGCAGUGUAAACCGUGGAGCAGUCCAAACCACCAUAGAGAGAUUCACUUUCCCCCAUAAGUAUAAAAAGAGAAUACCCCAGGACCUGAAGAUGUGUCUGGAUGACGAGGAGCUGGACACUGAUGAGAAGUGCACCAUCUGUCUGUCAAUGCUGGAGGACGGAGAGGAUGUCAGGAGAUUACCCUGCAUGCACCUCUUCCACCAGGCGUGCGUGGACCAGUGGCUGGCUACCAGCAGGAAAUGCCCCAUAUGCAGAGUGGACAUUGAGACCCAGCUGACCCCCGACAGUUGAUAGCUGCUGUCAACUCCUGCAGCUUGGAUCCGAUCUCGUGAUUCUCCAUCGCCUCCCCCUCCUCUCUCUCUGGUGGGGAGGGGGGAGCUCUGCCAAACACCCCUCUUCCCCUCUGCAUCACUCAAUGAGCCUGCCUUCUGAGACAGCUGUGACAGAGGGAUCAACAAAGCACACUCACCUACAACACAGCAAGGGAUGGGGUUGAGGCGUAGAUAGGUGGCUGGACUGAAGGUUGGUUGAAUGGACUUACUGGAUGUAAAAGGUAGGAGCGGACACGUAUGAACAGAUGUGCUGAGGCUUCACACGAUCCUGUCCGACUGUGCACAUUUCUACAUAAAGCUACCAAGAGAGGACACUCUGACUACCAACCUCCCCAGCUUGUGUGGCGUAUUAAGGCCAUUUCUCUGCCACUAUAUCUAAACCCCUUCCCAGGCCUGUGAAAAAUCCUUUAAGCUGCACUCUGCCCAAGCCCUCAGCACAUCUGUACAGAACAUUAUCAAAUGAUUAGCAUGAGGUUGUUUGGUGUGAACCCUUGUAGCUGAACGCUUGUGGUGUAAUGGAGUAUAGUACUGAAUAAGUAUUUACAGAGUAACAGUGUUGUGUAGCAAGCAAAAGCCUUUUCGCUUUGAGAAAUAUGUUUGUGAAAAAUAAACCUACAGAGAGGGUGAAUACAGCUCUAACAGUGACAAUUAUCAGCGUGUUAAAUCUCCAUAGAUAGGCGAUGAGGAGAGAGCUAGUUUGUGUGUAAAAAGGCCAAAAACCCCUCGUUCUUGUCUAACAUGGUUUUGGAUUUACAGUUAGUAGAUGCCAUCAGAGUUGAUGCUAAACCCGCUAACUGCAGGCAUGGCUUCCCGUGAUCUGUGUAGUGUCGUAGUCGGGCCUCUAUAAUCUAGAGCAGAGGCCUGAGAUGUGCAUGCUGUAUGGCAGGCUUGGGCUGUGUUGUUAUUGUGGAGCAGUAGAAACAGGGACUGUGUCUGUGCAUGUGAACCGUAUACUAUGACUCCGAUGAUCCCACUCAUUCAUAGAGGAGGACAAGAAUGCACCAAGAAAAAAAACUAAACAAACCCCCCCUCCCCCCUCCCAUCUCCCUUCUUUACACCUCCUCCCCACUCAUCCCGAAUAGACCAAAGUUGCCCUUAGACACCGAUCUCAGACCAGUGUAGCAUUUUCUCUCCUAAUGUUAGGAUUCAAAGAGCUGCUAGCGGGUCUGUGUCUAACAGCAACUCCUCUCUGUGGCCUCGCUCAUGGCAUGAUCAUGAGAGGCCGGCAUGGGCUUGAGGAUGCAGUGCCUGAGUCUUGCCAUUGGAGUGCGUAAAAUCUGACAUUUGUAUUACCUUUUACCAGAACCUUAUUGCCUAUCGAACAAGCACAUGUGAUUUCUAUAUACAGUGAAUCGCCUCCGUUGUGUAUCGGCUCCUUUACAUUUCAAUCUAAGUUGAUAAAAGACUGUCCGGUGUUACAGGGAAAAUACAAAACUAGUUUGCCUGUGAUAUGUGCUAGAAUGUGUAUGAUUGCCCCCCCCACCCCC